UUACAUGUCUACAUGAUGAGUUUUAGAACGCAUCAAUAUUGCAAAUACGAAAAUAUAUGAUUUCAAAGACGAAUAUAAAGAGAAAGAAGAAAAGUGAACAAGAGAAAGGGCGGGAAGGGAGUGAAUAAUAAUAUAUUAUAACUAGAGGAUUAUGAAAAAAAUCCUACAACUCUAGGUUCUAGGUUUGCAAUCUUGAUAUUGCAUCCUGAAGAGCACGAUAAUCAGUACAGAGGAAGAAGAAUAUAAACAAUGGGAAAACACGAAGUAGGCACACCAAAAUAUAUUGCUAAUAAGAUCAAAGCCAAAGGAUUACAGAAGCUGAGAUGGUAUUGUCAAAUGUGUCAGAAACAAUGCCGAGACGAAAAUGGAUUCAAAUGCCACACGAUGUCAGAAUCACACCAUCGUCAACUGUUACUAUUCGCCGAGAACGCUCAUCGAUAUAUGGAUCAAUUCUCACGAGAAUUUUCCCAAGGAUAUCUGAAUUUAUUAAAGAGACAAUUCGGUACAAGACGAGUACCAGCAAACCGAGUAUACCAGGAAUACAUCUCUGACAGAGGACAUAUACACAUGAAUGCGACUCAGUGGCUUACUUUAACAGCAUUUGUUAAAUGGCUUGGACGUAGUGGACAGUGUGUUGUGGAUGAAACGGAAAAAGGCUGGUAUGUUACAUAUAUUGAUAGGGAUCCUGAGACACUCGCUGCACAGGAGAGAAAAGCAAAGAAAGAAAAAAUGGAAAAGGACGAUGAGGAGCGAAUGAUGGAUUUUAUUGAAAAGCAAGUAGAGAGAGAGAAGACAAAACAUGAUGCACAGGAAGAAGAAAAUGAAACAUUCAAAACACCAUUAAUGCGUUCUGAGAAUGAUGCACCUUUAGUACUUGAUAUAAAGUUGAAACCAAAACCAAAGUUGCUACCUGUGUUCAAUAUAAAACAAGAGAAAAAAGAUGAAAAUACUAGCAAUCAAGACAAACCAGGUUCUAGCAAAAUACUUGACGAAAAAGAUAGGAAAUCAAAAAGAUCCAAUCAUGAUAAUGAGACAGGAUCUGUCAAGAAGUUAAAGAGUGACAAUAAUCUUCCUGCAAUUGAAGGUUGGCUUAAGAAAGGUUUAAUGGUUAAGGUAACCACAAAAAGUCUAAGUGACAAAUAUUAUAAAGCUAAAGGUAUUGUUCAAUCAGUUGAAAAAGAUGGUUUUGUCGCUAAAGUGAAACUAAAGACACCAGAAGAAGUUGAUGGACAUAUUAUACGACUGGAUCAAGAAUACUUGGAGACAGUAAUUCCUGCAAUAGGGAAAGAAGUCUUGAUUCUUUGGGGAAAGCAUAAAGACAAGAUAGCAAUAGUAAAGAAAUUACAUAUUGAACAUUACAGUAUAGAUGUUGAACUCAAAAAAGAUAAAAAAAUUGUGGAAAAGCUUCCAUAUGAACAAGUAUGCAAGUAUGUAGAUUGAAGAAUAUUGUGUGGAAAAAAACAAUAUAUUUUAAUAUCAUUUAAUAAUAUCCUGCAUUACUUAUUGCAUUAAUCUAAAGAGCACCUGUGUACAAACAACUAAUAUAAGGUAUGAAGGAAACAUGGAACUUUAUAUAUAAAAUUUUUUACUGUUUAGGAAACAAUUUUUUGCAAAAUAU